CUUUUCUUAAUGUGCUCUCUUUUGUCACUUUUGUUCUCCCCCUUUAAUUCUACCUUCCAUUACCGACAGUCCUACUACCUGCCAGUCAAAACAACCCCUCAAAGAGAUUCCUUCAAUCUCUCCUACAGCUUCACCUUCGCUCAUAAAAACCCCCAAGAAGGAAAUCACAGAACCGAUAGGGAGAAAACUGACUCUAGGGAAAAAUGUCGAAUGAGAUCUUGGUUGUCCCUUUCUUUGGGCAGGGCCACCUCUACCCUUGCUCUGAGCUCUGCAAACACCUAACGAACCGAAAUUACCAAAUUACCCUCAUCAUUCCGUCGUUUCUUUCCUCCUCCAUCUCCCCUUCUCUCCGCAACCAUCCUCUCAUCAAAAUCUACGAGCUUCCUAGCCCUUCCUCGGCGGAAUCCGGCGGACCGAUACAUCACCACCAGAACAUGGCCCAACCCCUUGCGGAUCUUCUUUCUUGCAGAUCCAAGCAGUUAGGUUCCUCGAUCCCCAUCUGUGCGAUAGUCGAUGUGAUGAUGAGCUGGAGCAACGAAACCAUCCGAAGUUUCAAGAUCCCGAUCAUCAGUUUCUUCACCUCCGGCGCUUGUUCCGCCGCCAUGGAGUAUGCCACUUGGAAGCUCCAGGCCCUCCCUGAGAAGCCGACACCUGGCUUGAUUAUACCCCUUCCUGGCUUGCCGGAGGAUAUGAGUCUUACCUUCUCUGAUCUUACCCACCGUGAUCCUCCUCCACCCCCACAUGAUAAUGGUCCUCCGCCGCCACAUCACCACGGUGGUGGUGGUGGUGGUGGUGGUCGUGGUCGUGGUGCUCCUGGCGGCGGCCGUGGCGGUGGCGGUGGCGGUGGCUUUCUGCCACCACCAGGCCCACCGCCAACACCUGGUCACAGACCCCCGUGGGUCUCCGAAACUGAGGACUCUCUCGCAUUAUUGAUCAACACGUGUGAUGAUCUGGAACGUCCGUUCAUUGAGUAUGUUGCCAAUCAGAUGGGUAAGCCAGUCUGGGGCGUGGGCCCACUUUUGCCAGAACAGUACUGGCGCUCUGCUGAUUCAACUCUUCACGACCAUGAGAUUCGUACAGAACGGAAAUCUAAUGUUACCGAGGAUGAGGUUAGCGAAUGGUUGGAUUUGAAGCCACGUGGAUCCGUCAUCUACGUGUCUUUUGGUUCCGAGGUGUCUCCAGAGAAUGAACAGCUAGCUGAACUAGCAGAUGCGUUGGAGGAGUCGAACCGGCCUUUUAUUUGGGUCGUCCAGUCAAGUCACGGGCCACCCGGCCACCCUCCAGGCCCACCCGGUUUACCAGAUGGAGGAAGUGGAGGUGGAGGUGGAGGUGGAGGUGGUUUCUUUCCUGAUGGGUUGGCUGGCCGAGUAGGAAGGAGGGGUUUGAUAAUAAAGGGCUGGGCACCACAGCUUCUGAUACUGAGCCACCCAUCAACGGCCGGAUUCUUAUCGCAUUGCGGAUGGAACUCAACAGUGGAAGCGAUUGGGCGAGGUGUACCGAUACUUGCUUGGCCCAUACGUGGUGAUCAGCACCAUAAUGCUAAACUAGUUACGUGUCAUCUUAAGGUUGGUUUGAUGAUCCAAGAUGGUGAUCGAUCGAAGGCCGUGAGGAAGAAUGAUAUAGUGUGUGGGAUCACAAAUUUGAUGGCUGACGAUGAGACUAGGAAAAGAGCAGCUUCACUCCGCACUGCAUUUGAUCAUGGCUUCCCGUCUAGUUCUUUGGCUUCUCUGGAUGCUUUUCGGGAUUUUUUGAACCAAAAUUGUGAACAGAAAUGACAACCAUGUCCAUCCAACUUUGUUAUAGAUUGCAACAUAAAAGUAACCAUUGUUUUUUUAGGGAGUUUGUGUGCAUAUGUGUUGUUGGAGAAUAUAUAAGGAACUUAAUAUGUUUCGAGCUAUUACAGUGUCGCGACGUGGCUACGAGCCUGUGAUCAGGCAUCUCUUAUUUGCUAAAGAUACUUUUAUUUUUCGCCUGCUUAA